AUUUUCAACUAGAACAAGGAACCACAAGGGAAGGAGAAAAGAGUGAGAGAAAAAUUUCAGAAAAAAGUUUAGAGAAGACUUUCCAGUUCAAAAUAUACAACCAGAAGCUCUUUAGCAAGUCUCCAUUUUCAAAGCAGGUGUUUUUGCUGCCAAAGAUUUACUUUUUUGUGGACUUACGCAUAGCAGAGGAGAAAGUCUGGAGGGUCCAGUGUGGCGGCAGACAGUGAAAAUGUCACAUAGGUCUCUCCUCAUCUUUCUGGGAGUAACUGCAGCCACUGUUCUUACAGUUCAAGGAUCAUGGAGAGGAGACAACAAAGAGUCUAAUCUUGCAGUCUAUCACUCCGAUGACAACUUUGACUGGACCACAUGGUUCAACGUUGACCACCCAGGUGGCCGAGGAGACUACGAGCAGCUGGACGCCAUUCGCUUCUAUUACCGUACCAGAGUGUGUGAGAAUCCGCGCGCAGUUGAAGCUAGAACCACCGAAUGGGUCCCAGCCCGGGAAACUGGGGAGGUGGUACACGCAGAUCCAACUGUAGGAUUCUGGUGUCUCAAUGAAGAGCAAAGUCCUGGACGCAACUGCUCUAACUACUCAGUUCGCUUUCUCUGUCCAAAAGAAAGAAGUGUAAACACUCAGGGAACCUGGGGUCUAUGGUCAAACUGGAGCCCAUGUCCUGCUCUCUGCGGUCAAGUGGGUGUGCAGCUUCGCUAUCGAAACUGCCAGUCUCAAGCAGUAACUUGCAAUGGGCCUAAAAUAGAGGGAAAACCAUGCAACGGACCUGAGUGCAUCAAGACAGAUUGUUAUCUGCACUGUGUGAUUGGGAGAGUGAAUGCUGACUGUGAUGCUUGCAUGUGUGAAGAGCACAUCCUUUUGGGCUCCGUGCGAAGUGCCGGUGGUCUGAUUGCUGAGGGAGCAGCAAUUCUUCGCUCAGGCAAACUCCUCACCCUCACAGACCACAAUGGGCACUUUAGAAUUCCUGGAAUAUGCCCAGAUGGCAACACAACACUGACAGUCAGCCUGCUGGGUCACGCAACUCUUGAUGUCGUUGUGCCCCUCACCACUGAGCGGACCUCAGUUCUCAGUGUGCAGCUGAAAAGAGCGGAAAAGCUUCAUGUCUUAAGCAACCCUGAGAGUAAAGCCAGGAGAGAAGGACAAAGUGCUGCCUUCUGCUGCAAAGUAGCUGGAAUACCACAGCCUAACAAGUACCAAUGGUUUCAUAACAAUAUUCUUAUGGAAAUGCAAUCCGAGAGCACGCUGGUCCUGAAAGAUUUACAUCGAGAGCAAGCUGGAGAGUACUACUGCAGAGCAAGUGGGCCGUCCGGCGCCGUUAAGACCAAACCUGCCAUUCUAAAAAUCAUAGGUAGAGAGGAGCAUUCAUGCAACCCCACGCCUGAAUCUCACCUCAUUCGCCUUCCACAUGACUGCUACCAAAACAGCACAAACUCCUUCUACUACGAUGUGGGCAAGUGCCCUUCAGGCACAUGUGCUGGACAGCUGGACAAUGCCAUCAGAUGCAAAGACAAUGUGGCAUACUGCUGUGGCGUGGCAAAAAUGGAAGAGAGACAGCUGAUGUGCCGAGGCUACCAGUUGCCCACCAUGGUAGUGACAGAGUGUGGCUGUCAGAAAUGUGUAAACACCAAGGCUGUUGUUUAUGGUCGUGCCAUUGCUGCAGACAAUGGUGAGCCAAUGAGGUUUGGCCACAUCUUCAUGAAUGGAGUCAGAAUCAGUCGCACAGGCUACAAAGGCACCUUCUCUGUCCAGGUUCCCCCAGACACUGAAAGACUGGUGUUGACUUUUGUUGACAACAUGCAAAAAUUUGUCAACACCACAAAGGUGCUUCCAUUUAACACAAAGGGAGGAGCUGUUUACCAUGAAAUCAAAGUUCUACGAAAGAAAGCUCCUGUGACCAUCAGCUCCUCAGAAACUAACAUUCUAAAUCUCGGGGAGGUAGAAGGCCAGGAAGCAAUGGUCCAAAUCCAGAUUCCCCCUCAUUCUUUCUACAAAGAGAACGGAGAAGUCUUUACUGGUAAUGUCAAUGCAAGUGUUACAUUUUUAGACCCGAGAGAUGUCACUACUGCUGCUGCUGCUUCAAGUGACCUUAAUUUUAUAGGAGGUGAAGGUGAUGUGCUUCCACUGAGAACCUAUGGCAUGUUUUCAGUUGACUUUAGAGGUGAGGAAAAUAAUGAGCCUCUAAAUGCUGGCGAGGUUAAAGUGUUCUUGGACUCAGCUCAGGUGAAGAUGUCAGAGCACCUCAGCAACAUGAAGCUUUGGUCACUGAACCCUGAAACUGGCCUGUGGGAGGAAGAAGGGAGUUUGCAGCUAGAUAAGAAAAGGAGAGGCAAAAGAGAGGAGAGAACAUUUUUGAUAGGAAACAUGGAGAUCAGAGAGAGGCGUCUGUUUAAUCUUGAUGUCCCUGAAAAUCGCAGAUGCUAUGUCAAAGUGAGAGCUUUCCGCAGUGAGCGUUUCAUGCCCAGUGAGCAGGUAGAGGGCGUUGUGGUGAGUCUCAUAAACAUGGAACCAACACCUGGCUACUCCUCUAAUCCUCGUGCCUGGGGUCGUUUUGAUAGUGCUGUCACUGGCCCGAAUGGAGCUUGUCUUCCUGCCUUCUGUGAUGAGCAAAAACCUGAUGCUUAUUCUGCAUAUGUGAUGGCUAACCUUGGAGGAGAGGAACUAGAGGCUGUGCCUUCUGCUCCAAAACUCAUUCCCAGCCUUGUUGGAGUGCCCCAGCCUUACCUUAGAAAACUAAACUACAGGCGAACUGACCACGAAGACAGCAGAGUAAAAAAGACUGCAUUUAGUAUCAAUGUGGCAAAACCAAGUCCUAAUGCAGCUGAGGAGUCCAAUGGACCAGUAUAUGCAUUUGAAAAGCUGAAAGAAUGUGAAGAGGCCCCAUUUAGUGCUGCACACUUCAGAUUUUCAAGAGUUGAAGGAGACCGUUAUGAUUACAACACUGUGCCAUUUAAUGAAGAUGACCCAAUGAGCUGGACAGAGGAUUACCUGAGUUGGUGGCCUAAGCCCAUGGAAUACCGGGCCUGCUACAUCAAGGUUAAAAUUAACAGUCCGCAUGAAAUCAAUGUAAGGUCUCGUAACAUGGGUGGCACCCAUCCAAAGACAGUAGGCCAGCUGUAUGGUCUCAGAGACACUCGCAGCAUUCGUGAUAUGGAACAGGCAAAUGUUUCAGCAGUGUGUCUGGAGUUCAAGUGCAGUGGCAUGCUGUUUGAUCAGGACCGUGUGGAUCGUACCCUGGUGAAGGUGAUUCCUCAAGGUAGCUGUAAGAGAGACCAUGUGAGCACGAUGCUUCAAGAUUAUCUGGUGAACCACCUACCUUUAGCUGUGAACAACGACACCAAUGAGUUCACCAUGUUGGCACCUCUUGACUCUCUUGGCCACAACUAUGGAAUCUACACAGAGACAGAACAAGAUCCACGCACAGCAAAAGAGAUUGCACUUGGGCGCUGCUUUGAUGGCACUUCUGAUGGCACAUCUAGAGUCAUGAAAACCAAUGAGGGUGUGGCAUUAAGCUUCAGUUGUGGGGAUCGUGAAGUGACACGUCAGAGUAUCUUUCAAGCUAUGCAGAGCUCCCAAGGUCAGAUAGUAACAAGUGUUGCGAGAGGAGACAACAGGAAAACCAGACGUCGACAAAGGGCCAACACACUCCGCAGGAGCGGGAAACGUAGCGCCAGAAAUCCCACAGGAGGAAAAAAAUAAAUGACUCUAAAGUUCAUGUCUGGAAAUAACAAGACACUGAAGCAGUUUUUGAUGUUUAAGUAAUUUACCAAAACAUAUUCAAGUUGCAGUUAUACUUUAUAAUAAAAGUGGUCAAAGAUUUAGAAUCUAAACCUUCAGCAUUGGUGUAUCGACAUCCAAAGUGGAGUAGUGAUUUAGGAGGUACAGCUUUUCUAAUAUGAAAGCCCCCUUUCUAGGAACUCACUUACAAAUGUUCAAUUACAUCUGAUCAAAUGUAAUUGAACAAAUUUGCAUAAAACAAAUAAACUAACAUUUUUAAUACAC